AAUAAGUUUGCAUUACAUCGUUGUAACAGAAACAUAAUUUUUUAACUACAGUAGAGUGUCGUAUAUCCAAAACUCUAUUAUUCAAAUAUCUUAAUAUCUGAACUAUUAAUACAGAAUUUCUGCUAAUAAUUAGGAGAUCAUUUAUUAUUAGAAAACAUUCUGUUCUAAUAACAUGAUUUGUAUAUUAAGAUAUUUGAAAAACAUAAAGAGAUCUAGAUAAGCAACAUUCUCUAUAUUGCUUGAAAUCGGUAAUCUAAACUGCAUAUAUUAUUACUUGAAAUUAGUAAUGUAAACUGUAUUAUCGUUAGGUCAUGACUUUAAACUGUCAUGUACGUACAUACUUUGUAUAUUGUCUCUUAUCAUCGAUAUGGUACAUCUUUCAUCACAAUUAGAAAUUAAGCGACGAAAAUGAUGUGGUUUAUAUUGGUGCUUAUCCAAUUUUCUGCAAUUUCGGCUAUGCAGAAUCAUGUCUUUGAAACAAGUACAAAAACAGACACAAGCGGAUAUCAUGUAGAUAAAAAUUUAUCAAGUUUUCAUAGUAAAAAUUUAACAUAUUCUAUUUUUUCAAUCUUGAAUUCCUCGAGUUUUACUCACCGCCAAAUACGUUCCCAAGAAAAUCAGGAAGUGGAUUGUUUUGGCAUGGGAAGAGGAUUAGCUACAAUCUUAGAAUGGCUGUUUCUGAUUAAUCCAAAUCGAACAAACACUUUGAAUGUUCAAUUUUUGCUUUCUUCGAGAAGACAACCACACCGCGUUCAGGUAGUUCUCGGUGAACAAUUUGGUCUGGAAUGGACAGAUUUUCAAAUCGAGCGAAGGACAAUUGUGAUAGUUCACGGAUUCUUGUCGAAUGGUCAACAAUCGUGGAUCAAUGAAAUGGAAAAGGCAUUUCUUCAAUGGAAAGACGUUAACGUCGUCGUCAUAGAUUGGAGUGCCGAAGGCAAUACUUGGAACUACUAUAAAGCAGCAGUUAACACACGAGUAAUAGGACAUCAAAUUGCAAGAUUUCUAGAACAUAUACAGGACGCAAAAACAAGCACGCACGAGAAUGAUUGGGGACCAUUGCAUUUAGUAGGUCAUAGUCUUGGGGCACACAUUUGCGGAUUCGCCGCGAAAGAGCUGAAGAAAAGACAAAGUAAAUGGAGAAUUGAAAGAAUAACAGGAUUGGAUCCUGCACAACCUUGUUUCAGGGACGUUAAUCUCACGAUGAAGCUUCACAAAUCUGAUGCAUCGUUCGUUGAUGUUAUCCACACCAAUGGGAAAUUGCUCUCGCAAAUAGGAUUAGGUUUACCAGAGCCGAUAGGUCACGUCGAUUUCUAUCCUAAUGGUGGCAGAAGCCAACCUGGCUGCGAUUCCUCGUUCUUUGAACAUUUACCAAUUCACCUUCAAGUGAUUAAUAAGGCUGUAUGCAGUCACGGACGUUCCUAUGUUUACUUGACGGAGUCGUUGGUAUCUGAGGUUGAGCACAAUUGCACCUUCUGGGCACAUCAUUGGGAUUUGUCGUAUCGAAAUUUGAUGCAGCGAGUGUCAGGAGAAUUUUGCGACAAAAAUACUUGCACUGAGAUGGGCAUAAACGCGAUAAAUUAUCCUGAACGGGGGACAUUCUUUGUCACAACUUCCAACGUUCCGCCGUUCUGUAUUAACGAUACUCGCAUAAUCAAUGAAGUAAUGACGCAAUUGGAGAGGGAUUACGUGGAUGAACUUUGUGAUUAACACGUGAUGAUCACACGUUGUUACAAGUGAGUUGAGAAAAGACAAAUAAAUAAAUGAACUUUAAUUAAAA